AUUCUAAUAGUUUGCUUAAUUUCAGUUUGACAAAACAAGCAAGUAUAGUGCAGAAUCAUUGUACCAUCUAAACCAGUGAUACAUUUUCUGGAACCAAAAAUACUGAUAUCAGUAGUUUGGCGCUGGUGUACAAAAGUAAAAGACACAUGAACUAGAAGCAUAGAAAUAAAAUGCAUCUCCCGCAUUUUAGACUUGCUUUCAAUGAGUGACAGAUCUAUAACUAAGGUCUGAUUUUGAUUGGGUCGCCCAAAAAGUUACAUAUUGCAGAAUUAACUCUCUUCUCCAGCACAUUCUUGCGAUUAAAAAAUAAUUCACGUUUUAGGUAAUUUUCUUGCACGUGAAAUUUGACAUAUUGUAAUGUCAGGGGAGAGAAGGGACCAUGAAUGUGCCUUUCGCUCAAAACAGCCAUCCUGCUUCUUGCUAAACCCAACCGGCUAUAUCCUCUGCCUACGUCAGAGCAGGGCGGGGGAAAGUUGGCUCCACCGCCCUCAUACACCGCUGUGUGCAUCGCCCCGCUAUAUUCAGCACUCUACGCGAGAGACCGCUGCUGAAGACACACGGGCGGGCGACGUGGCCCAUAUUCGCGCUGAAAGUCAAACUCCUGUGCAACAACAUUUACAGAACGGAGUAGACCUAAUAACACUUAAUUUGUGUUGCAGGAUGAUGCGGACGACCCUGUUGCUGUGUUUGGGAUUCCUCCUCUCCCUCUCUUAUGCUCAGUUGUUGGAGACAGAGGAGGCGGGAGGGGAAGAGGAAGCUGUGGAGCUCUUUACCACGCCCAGAGCAAAGAUGGCCGCUGCCACCUCUGACUUCGGCUACAACCUGUUCCGGGCCUUGGCGGGUCGCAACCCAAAGACUAACGUGUUCCUGGCCCCCAUCAGCAUCUCUGCAGUGCUCACUCAGCUAUCCAUGGGAGCAUCUCCGGAUCGUUCAGAGAGGUGGUUACACAGAGCUCUGAGGUAUCACACCCUGCAGGACCCUCAGCUCCAUGACACAUUCAGAGACCUACUUGCAUCACUCAGAGCACCUGGCAAAGGCCUCAGCAUCGCUGCACGUGUCUACCUGGCCCGCAGAUUGCGUCUGAAGCAGGAAUACUUAGGCGUGGUGGAGAAGCAGUAUGGGGUGCGGCCCAAGACUCUGAUGGGCGGGGCUAAAGAUGUGAAUGAGAUCAAUGAUUGGGUCAAACAGCAGACGGGCGGCAAGGUCGACCGCUUCAUGUCCAAGGCCCUGGGACGGAACUCUGGUGUGGUUCCUCUGGGCGCCGCCUACUUCAAAGUGAAGUGGAUGACUCGGUUCAGCAAGAGUGGAGUGAUGGAGGACUUCCAGCUUGUUGGAGAGGCUCCUGCCCGCAUUUCCAUGAUGCAGCAGGACAAUUACCCAGUGAAGAUGGGUGUAGACCCAGACCUGGGCUGUACAAUUGCUCAGAUCCAGAUGCAGGAUGACGUCAGCAUGUUUGUGUUCCUUCCUGAUGAUGUCACUCAGAACAUGACCUUGGUGGAGGAGAGCCUGACAGCUGAGUUUGUUCAGGACCUCUCCAUGACCCUUCACCCCGUGCAGACGGCCCUCACACUGCCUGUCCUAAAAUUCAGCUACUCUACUGACCUCCUGCCACUGCUCACUGACCUGGGUCUCGACGAAUUUCUGGCAGACACGGACCUGACCAAGAUCACGUCUCAGGCGGCGAAACUCAGCAGCCUCAAUCAUAAGGUUGUCAUGGAGAUGGCCCCAGAAGGCACCCGGUAUGCCAGCUCCCACCCCGCCUCCACACCCCUUUCGUACUGCGUGGACCAUCCCUUCCUGUUCCUGGUGAGGGAUGAGGCCUCGGGGGCACUGCUCUUUAUUGGCAAGGUGGUUAACCCACGCAAUCUGAGGAUAUAAACACAGACACACACUGCAUUCUAAGCAGGUCCUAGGAGGGUAUCAGCCAUCGUUAAGCUUAAGCUUCUUUGUGUCAUAAAUGCACAAUAUGAGAGGAUGGAUAAGCAGCUAGAUUUACCCAUUGAUCAUAUAAUACAGUUUCUUAAUCAUGUAUGAAAACCCUGCAUACCAUUCAGACUACAAGUUCAGACCAAAAGUCUGAACACUCACAACUGAUAGUCUCAAGUUGUUUUCAGGGAAAAUAAUUUGUGAUUGAAAAGUACACCUCUCAUAAUGUUUAAAAAAAGGCACAUACUUUAACCCCCCAAAAAUACUCUUCAUAAUAUUGUCAAUUGCGAUGCAAUAAAUAAACAUUGCAGUUAAGUCUUUCUGUUUGUCUGUCUGACUCCAUAGAGGGAGUUGUAUAACUUUAACCAGUUGACAUACAAUAGCUGCUUCCAGUAAAGGGUUAUUUUGGAAAGAAA